AUGGGGAAUUCAAAUUCGAUGUGUGGGUGUAAAAGAGUUUACAACAACAAGAAAACUCCAAAAGCUAGUUUUGUUGGCAAGAACUCAUCUCACGAUGGUAUUAAAACAAUUGAAGCAGUUAAGAGAUGUAGCUUUUCUAGAAAAUCAGAUCUUUGCAUCCGUGUCAUCACAUGGAACACGAAUGGAAAGGUUUCGUAUGAGGAUUUUCUUGAGCUUCUUGGCGAAGACAGGAAGUUUGAUUUGCUUGUCGUUGGCUUGCAAGAGGCUCCCAAAACCAAUGUUGUUCAAUUUUUGCAGACAGCAACAUCUCCAACUCACGAGCUUCUUGGGGAAGCGAAAUUACAAUCCAUCCAGCUAUAUCUGUUUGGUCCCAAGAAUUCACAAACACUAGUAAAAGAAUUAAAGGCAGAGAGACAUUCAGUAGGAGGUUGUGGAGGUUUGAUUGGAAGAAAAAAAGGGGCCGUGGCUAUUCGUGUUAACUUCGAUGAUAUCACAAUGGUUUUCAUCUCUUGUCAUCUCUCUGCUCAUGCGAAGAAAGUGGAUCAAAGAAACAGAGAAUUGAGACACAUAUCAAAGUCACUAUUAUCAAGAGACAAAAGCACAUGUGACCUCAUUGUUUGGCUUGGAGAUCUCAACUACAGGAUCCAAGAUGUCUCUAACCGUCCUGUUCGAUCACUUAUCCACAACCAACUUCAGUCUGUUCUUGUGAGCAAAGACCAACUCCUGCGAGAAGCUGAGAGAGGCGAAAUAUUCAAUGGCUACUCUGAAGGAACUCUAGGUUUUAAUCCGACGUAUAAAUACAAUGUUGGUAGCAGUGACUACGAUACAAGUAAUAAAGUGAGGGUUCCAGCUUGGACAGAUAGGAUCUUGUUUAAGAUCCAAGAUACUGACAAUAUUCGAGCAACUCUUCACUCUUAUGAUUCCAUUGACCAAGUUUAUGGUUCUGAUCAUAAACCCGUGAAAGCGGAUCUUUGUUUAAAGUGGAUCCACAACUAG